CGACUUCGAAGGAGGUAUCGGCAUUCGCAAUGGGGAUGACGGCGAGAGUGCUUUGCCUGGAAUAGGUGAGCGUCUUCUACAGUUGUUUUCAAAGAUUGCAGCUGAGGAUGUGACAGAGCCAACAUGGAGUUACUGGUGUGGCUAUUCGGUAUUCUAGUGUACUGCUCAGAGACAAGUGCCUAUCCAUCUGUUCGCUCUGUAUUUUACCUACAUACGACACCUCGGACGUGGAACGAAGCCAAACUGAUAUGUGAAGCACAAACCGCCGAGCUGUUCCGAGUGAAAAAUGGGAACACUAUUGAGGAACUGAAGUUUGUCGAUGGAAUGACGGAAUGGAAUGGAAACUUCAGUAAACUGAUGAACCAGAACAUGAUGUGGCUGGCCCUGUAUGAGACCCAGGACACAGCCAACCAGUUCCUCAACCACGGCUGCAUCAAGCCCGCCGACACAUUCACCUGGCCUUGGGCAACUGGGCAACCUAAUGAUCUGACGAACCAAGAGCUCUGUGUCGCCAUGGACUCUACCCACCAGUGGAGUUUACAAACCUGCAACCAGUCCUACUACUUCAUUUGUCAGCGAAACGAUGGCGAGUGUUGGUUCGAUCCUAGAGACAACACCCUAGCUACAGCUCAGACAAUAACCAUUGAAGACGUUGUGGUUGAAAGCGAGGCUGACUGUGCUACUUCCUGUCGUAACGGAUGGAUCAAUGACACGGAAUGCUGGGGCUUUUCUUACCGAUCCUCGGACAACACGUGCAGGGUUCACUACCACACUGAGUCAGCCAUCUUCAUCAGCAAUACUACCAACAUCUUUCAAGACAACACGAACUGGACGUUCUAUGCGAAGAUAUGCGUUGGGGGGUUGUUACGAACUGUGAACGUCAACUACAUCGACAAUGACAUUGAACCCCGGGUCCGCAACUGCACCGAUCUCGUCACCACAGAUGAAGUGUUAGACGACGCCAUGUGCUACUGUGAAUGUAGCGACCCUCCGCCAAUGUGGGAACCCACUAUCUCAUCACUGUCCUUGAAACAGAAGAUAGAACAGAUAGUCGCCGCACUCGCUAUCGACAGCAAGAACACUUCCGCCGCACAACGGAAGUUGAUCAGUGUGAUGGACGGGCGCCCAAGUGCGCAGAGCAUUGGUUACAUUGGAGUAGUGUUCCUGUCUAUUGUGUUCGGGAGCAUAAUCAUACUCGACCUAAACGUUCUUGUGUCACACACUAACAAUCUCAUCAAAAGCCUCAAACGCACGGGUUCUUCGGAUGCUUAGCGAAGGAAACCAAUAGGUGGUUUACAAUUUUGUAAUGCAUUUGAAUAGUUUGACCAUCCUUUUUUUUUAGAAAAAUGGUAAGAAAAGGAUAAAAUAUACAAUAUUUAUUUUACUUUAUAAAAAAAAAAUAUGAAAAGAAACGGAUUGUAUGCAAUCGGAAUCGUCUUUAGAUUUUCAGCUACACAUUGGAACAAUUGUCUGUUUCCUUCCAGUCUUUGUGUAUAUUUUGCAUAUGAUAUUUCACCCUCACACCCGCGUGUACAACUGUUGUGUUUGACGAAAAUGCAAUAUAUAUGCAUUUAACCUUUGAAUGCAGGUGUGUUCAACUGAAGAAUAUUUUCAAUUUGAUUUCAGUCUGAUGUUGUCAUAUGAAAUGCGUUAUAUGAUGCUUGAAAGUAAAUGUUCUUGUCUAUUUUGUCUGGGGUAUGUAAGCUGUUUCUGCAAAGGUGAUGCCGAAUUUCUCACAUCUCCAGCGAAUAAUUGAUAUAAUCUCACAACAAAGUGAGGUUUCUAGGUCACCUCCAUCCCACACACUCCAGCCUACCACAAAGGCUCAGUGAUAAUCUAAUCGCGCAUGAAGGAAUUUACCCUUAAUGUUCGCAUUUCUGAAAUUACUUCUGGUAAUCUUCAUUAUUACAACGAGACGUUUCAACACCAAUGUACUUGUAACGUGAUUUGUUCUUAAUCACUUGUUGUCCAGUUAAAUAACAUGUUGAGUGUUGCUUUUUGUAACAGUGACUGAACGAUUUUUGAAAAUGGGAAAUUAAUUUGUAAUCAUGUUCGCUUGUUGGACAUAUUUAUUCGACCAAUAAACGUUUUAUAAUUGUU